GCCGGAAGCCGCGGCUGCGUGGGUGGAGAGUUGGCGAGCUUCCGGGAGCCCGGGCCGGUUGCCCCUACAAGGAGCGCCCGGUGGGGGCGGACGGGCACUUGGGCCCCGGCGCACCAGUCCUGCUCGCACAGCCGUCCGCAGCAGCCGAGCUUUCUGACGCCUGCCUCUUGAGCCGUACAACAGCCAUCAUGUCCAAGCGAGGAAAGAGCGACUCUACGAAGAGGCGCGCCCAGCGGGCCACAUCCAACGUGUUCGCCAUGUUCGAACAGAACCAGAUCGCCGAGUUCAAAGAGGCAUUCCAGAUGAUCGACUCUAACAAGGAUGGCUUUGUCUGCAAGAACGACCUGCGAGCCACGUGGGACUCACUCGGCCGGAUCAUUCCUGAGAAGGACCUGGACGGCAUGAUCGCCGAGGCUACUGGCCCCAUUAACUUCACCAUGUUCCUCACGAUCUUCGGGGAACGAGUCUCGGGGACUGAUCCAGAAGACGUCAUCAGAAACGCCUUCAAGACCUUCGACAAGACCGGAAGCGGAAAGAUCAGCGAGAAGGAGUUGAAAAGAGCACUUAUGACUUGGGGCGAAAAGUUCCAGGAGUCAGAGGUGGACGAAGUGCUGAAGGAGGCGCCCAUCGACCGGGACGGCAACAUCGACAUCAACUCCUACGUGAAGAUCAUCUGCGGCGGCACGGACGACGAAGAGUAAGGCGUCGUGGUCCGAGAGCCGUCCCCGCCACCGACACCACUUCUUGAAUGCUCAGUCCCGGGGCUCCGGCUGAGGCCGCGUCUCAGCGAUAGCCGAGGUGGCCUCACGCUGGUGGCGAUUCACGCUUCCUCUGCAAUACACGUGGCCGCACAUGAUGCGGGCCGCUUACCAACCA